CUGAUAAAAACGCAACGUUUUAUAAAUACGAUUAUAUAUAUUCCUGGAAAAAAAGAGAAGCAAAGAUCUUUGUAAUCUGCUUCGUUUAUUUGCCGUGUACCGACGAUUUGCGAUCGAUCUGUACUGAUUAUCGUGACAAGUGAUUGAUUAUGUCGAUGCUCGAUUCGUUCUUCAAUAAAGGUUUCAAAGCUGCAAAAUGCAAAACGUUGCUGAAGUUAACGAUCCCUCGGAUAAAGCUAAUCAGGAACCGAAGAGAAGCACAGAUUAAGCAAAUGCGCCGCGAAAUCGCUAAGCUUCUCGAGACUGGUCAAGAAGCCACUGCUCGAAUUCGUGUUGAGCAUAUUAUAAGGGAAGAGAAGAUGUUGGCUGCUCAAGAGAUCAUAGAGCUCUUCUGUGAGCUCAUUGCUGUUCGCCUCCCAAUUAUUGAGGCUCAAAGGGAAUGUCCUCUAGAUCUAAAAGAAGCAAUCUCAAGUGUAUGUUUUGCUGCGCCAAGGUGCUCUGAUUUGACAGAGCUGCAGCAGGUUCAGCUACUAUUCUUUUCCAAAUACGGCAAGGAGUUCGUCGCAGCUGCAUCUGAGCUGAAGCCUGAUUCUGGUGUCAAUCGUAAGUUGGUGGAGUUGCUGUCUGUGCGUGCACCUUCCCCAGAAACCAAGCUGAAACUUCUCAAGGAAAUUGCACAAGAACAUCAACUUGAUUGGGACCCUGCUUCUACUGAAACUGAUCUCUUCAAAUCGCAUGAGGAUCUCCUUGAUGGACCAAAGCAAUUUGGUGGAGGCUCUAAGGUCCCAUUAAAGGAGGAACAAGAUAAAGGGUCACAUUUGACAAUGCUAUCUCUUUCACGUCCAGAGGAACAAAGACAAUCUGAUUCUGAUUCAGAGUAUGAAGAAUUAGACUUUCCCGAGGUUCCAAAUGUCUUGCUGCGGCCCACUCCUGCCGCUACCCCUGAAAGUGCAGCGAAACCUGCCGCCACUUGUGAACACACCUCUCUCGACUUGCCCUUUGAUUCAGAGAGUGCAGGAGAGGAUAAUCUGGCUUCCAAAAGAGAUGAACAUACUGCAAAAGCAAGCAGCACUGUCGUCGAAGGCCAGACGGAAUCUGAUCCCGUGAAACAGAACAGUUAUUCUCCACCACCUGUUGGUGUAGUAGGAUCCUUCUCUACAAACGAGAGUGAUGCUCCAAAGAAAAUAUCGGAUUUGGACUUGCAGGAUGUCCUAACGGCUGCUCAAGCUGCUGCUGAUUCAGCAGAACGUGCGGCAGCAGCUGCCCGUUCAGCUGCAAGUCUUGCACAGCUCAGAAUCAACGAGCUCACGAAGAAGACGCCUGAACAGUCUCCUGAGAGCCUGAUUGAGAACCCUUUCUAUUCAAGCCCACCACAACAGACAAUGGAAAAGGCGCAAUUUGAUCAUCAGAAUUCUUCGGUCAGCAGCUACGGAGAUCACACUGAGUUCCAAAAGGAAGAGUCUUCAUCACUUUUCAGCCACCAAACAGAGAGACUCCCCUCAAUGGAAAAACCACAAUUUGAUCACCAAAACUCACCUGCCAGCAGCUAUGGAGAUCUUACUGAUUUCCAACUAGGUGACUAUUCAUCACCUUUUAACCAUGACCGAAACAACCACCACCAAGCAGGGAGACUCCCUUCAUUUGAAAAAACUCGUUUUGAUCAUCUGAAUUCAUCAGUCAGCAGCUAUGGCGAUGUUACAGAGCUCCAGAGACCCGAGAACUCGUCAUUUGACAGACUCACCCCUGGCCAGGACCACCAGCAAAUGAGACUACCUUCGAGGGAAGAUGAUCCAUAUUACUCAUACCCUAAUCUGUUCACAUCGCAGAAUCUUGACCGCUCACCCGGCUCUCGUUCAUUUUCGGACACUUCAAAACCUGCCCAUGAUUCUUGACUCUAGCCUGCAAAUGCUUGGUGUUUAUUUACAUUUAUGAUGUUCCUUAUCUUGUGGAACAAAGACCUAAAAACGCUUUUCAAACGCUGCUCUUCCUUCCUCUUUUCUUUUUGUUUGUGUGGAGAAUUUGUAUUAUGUAUAGAAACUUGGUGUGAUUGAUUACGUUUAAAUAAAGGCCUUUGUUUGCUCAAGA